GUUUUGUAGAAAGAAUCUAAGUGAAGAGCGACACUCAAAUAUCAACCGCCGUCGCUUCUGGAUCUAUGGCUAAACAUAUUUUUGAAGAUCUAUUUAUGCAUUGUCGUAUAUUGCUUGCUUGAUUCUUACAAGGAGCGGGUGAGACACCCGUCCUCUCCACGUUGGCUUCGCCUGGACGUGUUGACAACAGUCACAUAACUUGCUGUCUAUUUUGCCGGCUUGAACUGGCCUAUAGUUCUGAAUAAAAGCAUCAUCUUUGACAGCUAACGUCGGUCUAGCUAAUUAACGUUCAACCAGGGAAGAUGACUGAGCAUCUGGAACAGAUCCUAUCACAGCUCACGCAGCCUGACAAUGCGAUUAUUCAGCAGGCCACAGUACAGUUGAAACAGGCUUUCAAAGACCCUGCCAUUAUUCCAGCACUAUGUGCAGUUAUGACAGGUUCCCAGAACCCGCAGAUCCGCCAGUCUGCAGCUGUUAUGUUGAGGAUGAGGGUUAAGAAGCACUGGAAGAAAAUAAGUCCAGACCAUAGAGAAAGUUUAAAAGCAGUAGUCCUUCAAGCUUUCCAACAAGAGACAGAACACACAGUGCGUCACUCCCUCUCUCAGCUCAGUGCUGUGAUGGUCAAACACGAGACGCCAGACCGCUGGCCAGCUCUGCUGACUCUGCUCAACCAGUCUACUCACAGCACUAACCCUCAGGAUAGACAGGUGGGUCUUCUGCUGCUGAGCAAAGUGGUGGAGUCCAACCCAGAGCCCUUCAAGCCACACUACCGGCAACUCCUGCAGUUGUUUGGCACUGUGCUGCAGGACCUGAACAACCCCACUGCCCUUUACUACUGCAUCCUCACCCUAACUGCCAUCACAGCCUACACCGGCUCAGAGGAGAUGAAUCUGAUGCGUUCCCUUGUCCCGAGACUGGUCACUGCCCUGAAGCACCUAAUCAAAGCGGAUGAGGGCCAGGCCAGUGAGGCCAUGGAGGUGCUGGAUGAGCUGAUGGAGAGCGAGGUGUCCAUUAUCGUCCCUCACCUAGCAGAGAUUGUGCGUUUCUGUCUAGAGAUCGGUGCGGAUGCUUCACUGAGUGACUCUCUGCGGGUGAAAGCUCUUUCCUGCAUCUCUGUCCUGAUUAGACUGAAGAGCAAGGCUGUGCUGAAGCAGAAGUUGCUGAAUCCCAUUCUCCAGACCGUGUUCCCUGUGUUGAGUGCAGCGCCACCUCCUGGUGAGGAGGACCCGGAGGACGAGGAGAAUGGCGAAGAUGAUAAUGACAACGAUAAUGAGAGUCCCAAGCACUUAGCUGCUCAGGUCAUUGACACCAUGGCUCUCCAUAUGCCACCCGAAAAGCUUUUCCACCAGCUGAUGCCCCUUGCACAGGGUUGCUUGGCAAGUCAGAACCCCUACGAGCGGAAGGGAGGGCUCAUGUGUCUGGCUGUACUGGCUGAGGGUUGUGCUGACCACAUCCGCACAAAGUUGCUGUCGUCCAUGCUGCAGACUGUGUGUCAGAGUCUCUCAGACAGUAACCAGGUGGUGCGCAGUGCAGGGCUGUUUGCCCUGGGGCAGUUCUCUGAGCACCUACAGCCUGAGGUUAGUAAGUACCAUGCAGAGCUCAUGCCACUUCUGCUGGGCUACAUGUCUGGUCUGAACCAGGCCAAGAUCGGACACGUGACCAAGGCCUUCUACGCCCUGGAGAACUUUGUGGAGAACUUAGGGGAUGAUAUUCAGCCCUAUCUCCCCACUCUGAUGGAGACAAUGCUAUCUGCUUUGAGUAGCUCUGAAAGUCUGAAGAUAAAGGAGUUGUCUGUCAGUGCCAUUGGAGCUAUCGCCAAUGCAGCCAAAGAGCAGCUGGUGCCUUACUUCUCGCCUGUGAUUGAGAGCCUGAAGGGCUUCCUGACUGACACCCGUGAUGAGAUGAGGGCCCUACAGACCCAAGCCCUGGACACUCUGUCGGUGCUAGCCCGGACCAUCGGCAAGGAUGUGUUCAGCCCCCUGGCUGCUGAAUGUGUGCAGCUGGGCCUGAACCUCACUGAUGCCGUGGACGAUCCUGACCUGCGCCGCUGCACGUACAGCUUGUUCUCUGCUGUGUCCACGGUCAGCGCUGACUGUCUGGUUCCUCAUCUGCCCGCCAUCUCCACAGUGAUGCUGCUGUCACUCAAGUCCACUGAGGGGGUCAAGGCCCAUCUGGAGGAGGAUAAGCAGUUUGUCCUUCUAGACGAUGACGAUGAGGAAGAAGAGAGUGGGGCGGGUGAUACCAUUUUGGAUGACGAUGGAGAUAAUGAUUUAGCUGUACAGGACGUAGCUGGGUUCACUGUGGAAAACGCUUACAUUGACGAGAAAGAGGACGCCUGUGACGCCCUGGGAGAGAUUGCCUUCAACACAGGUGUUGCCUUCCAACCCUUCCUGGAGUCCAGCUUCCAGCAGGUCUAUGAGCUGCGCGAUUUCCCCCAUGAGGACGUGCGUCGGGCAGCAUUCGGAGCCAUGGGUCAGUUCUGCCGGGCUCAGCAUAAAGUGUGGCAGGCCAGCCCAACCGAGGAAAAUCACCAGGCGCUGCACAAGCUGCUGGGCGUGGUGCUGCCGUGCUUCCUGGAGGCUGUGCGGGCGGAGCGCGAGCGGCAGGUGGUGAUGGGGGUGCUGGAGGCCCUUAACGGCGUGGUCAAGUCCUGCCAGGGGGAGGCGCUGCAGGUGCCGGGCAGACUGGCCGAGAUCAGCCACGCCAUCAGGGACGUGCUCAAGAAGAAGACGGUGUGCCAGGAUGGGGGUGGUGACGGUGACGAUGAUGACGAACAGCAGGCAGAGUAUGACGCUAUGCUGCAGGAGUUUGCAGGAGAGGGCAUCCCUCUGCUGGCAUCGGCUGUGCCCGCUGAUACCUUCUUGCCCUACCUGAACGAGCUGCUACCCCUCAUCAUCAACAAGGCGAAGUCCUCGUGUACAGUGGCCGAUCGCUCCUUCUCUGUGGGGACCCUUGGGGAGACUCUGCACGCACUCACUAAGGUGCAGGGUGGCGCAGGCGUGGCCGGACGGCUGUCCAAUCGGCUGCUGCCCGUGCUGGUGAGCGGAGUGAAGGACAGUGACCCGGAGGUGCGGAACAACAGCGUGUACGGACUGGGAGUCCUGGCCCAGGCUGCUGGACCCAUUGUCGUCUCAGAUUACCCCAUGAUGCUCUCGCUCUUCUCUAACCUGCUGGCCAAGGAGUUGGACCGUAGGGUCAUUGACAACCUGUGUGCUGCCCUGUGCAGGAUGAUAAUGACCAACUUUGAGUGCAUGCCAGUGGACCAGGUUGUUCCUGCCCUCAUAGCACAACUUCCUCUGAAGGAGGACCUGGAGGAGAACCAGACUGUCUACCAGUGCCUGGCCUUCCUCUAUUCCAAAAACCCUUCACUGGUCGUAAGCCAACUGAAGCCCAUCAUAGCUGCUUCCAACCAUGUCUUGGGAACAAAGGAAAUUGAUGAAGAAACCCAGAAUACCUUGCUUCUGCUGCUCAGAGACGUUGCCCAGCGUCACUCCCAGGAGUUCCAGGGUGCAGUGAUGUCACUUCCUGCAGAGCAGCGGACCAAGAUGACUGCAGUUGUCACACAGUCGUAGCACCUCCCACAAGGCCUUACAUUCACUUGAAAACUAGCCAAAUUUGUCAUAGAUUUUUUACUAUACCACAGAUAGUAAAAUACAUAAAUAUCAGAAGCCAAAUAUAUGCACAUUUCAGCACUUAAAACGCUUAACAAUUAAAACUGUUACUCCAGAAAAGGGAGAAUUUUCUUUUAAUUUAUAGUUUAACUGGUCAGAUGUUCAGUGUUACUAUUUUACUUUUAUGUUUAAUUUAUGUUCUUAGUUACCAGUUUUGUUUUGUGGUUAUUAUUUUUUAUUAUUAUUAUUAUUAUUAUUUUUCUCUUUUUUUUUUUUUGAUUUUCUGACCUCGAGGCUUUUUAUCAAUUUGCUUCCAGUCCCACUCCACAAUCCCACAGUAUUCUGGCUUGACUAGUGUAUGUGUGAAACUAUGAAUUUUUCAUUCUAUAAAUGCUUUUCAGAGA